UAUGGCGGUCGCAGUGUGGAGACGCGUGUGCAUGCAUGUGAAAAGCAGUUUCGUUUAGGUUUGCAGAAGGGAAUGGAGGAUUUUCCUCUUUUCUUAAGAGAAGGCCUAAUGAUGUUUCAGUAGAAGGAUGAAAAGUGCCCUAAAAGCGUCGGUAGCCUUGCAAUUUAUCACUUUAAUGGCAGAGAUAAUUUCACUGGACGGGAAUGGGAAAUCGAAGGAUGAAAAACCCAGUGGUUUGUCUGCUCGGAGUAGCUCGUGUUCACUUGUAAUAGUAAGUACGUUGGAUGGGAAGUUAAGUGCGUUGGAUACAAGAGAUAAUGGCAAGUUACUGUGGAGUUUACCAGCUUUCCACGGACCUCUGUUGUCAUCCAGCCUCAGUUCAGUUCAGAUGGCAAAACACGUGGGUCUGAUACCCUCAUUGGAUGGUGGAUUGUAUCAAGUCAGUGGAGACAAAGUUGAGCCCAUUCCUUUCACUGCUGACACACUCCUUGGUUCCUUCCUAAAGCUUCCUGAUGGUUCAAUUUUAGUUGGUGGGAAGGAAGCCACUUCAUGUGGACUUAAUCCCUAUUCUGGGAAGGUACAGUAUGUCUGUUCAGCUGAUGGCUGUCAGUUAAAGGAGUCUGAUGAGCAGCAUGUCCACGGCAAGGAUGUUCUUGUACUUAAAAGAACACAGCAGACAAUCCGUGCUGUUGAUCAGAGAACAGGCAUUGAAAGAUGGAACUUUUCUGUUGGACAACAUGAUGUAAGCUUCUUGGAAGCUGUUUUAAAUGAAGAAGAUGAUGCUCACUGCUCUGCUGAGGAUGCUGAAGUGUUUACAGAAUGGAAUCUGCGUGUGUCCAUUCCCAAUGGACUUGUAGCAGCAGUAAACACUCUUGAUGCAACAGAGACUGAAGUAGUGUUAUGGAGUCACCAGUUUGAUUCCCCUAUAGCAGCAGUAUGGAGGCUGAAUGGGGGUUUUGUACAACCAGUAAAAUUAUUCACAAAAGAAGUUACACCAGAAUUGGCUCACUCAUCUGACCAAGUGGCAUUUCCACAGGGACCAGUGAUGUAUAUAGGAAAACAUGAAGGUCAAGUUUACAUUCAGACAUCAGAGCCAUUUAAUCCAGCUCAGGAAAACGUAGUGGCUAGAAUUGAUGAUGUUAGUGGCAAAGCAGUGGCACAAAGAUUCAGGAAGGUUACAUGGAGGCCAUAUUUGACAAGUUCACCAUCACGUACACCAACUGUGGUUACAAAGGAGUUAGCUGUGUGGAAUCCUCUGGAAUAUCCAUUUGAUAAUGGCUAUUACUUGUUGGGUGAAGUGAUGCCUGUGGUUCCUCAACAUACCCAGGAUAAGCAACUUCUUCCAGUAGACUCUGAGGAUGUUUUCAACAGAAAAUCCAAGAACUCUUCUGAAAAAGCAUUGAAUCGUAAUGAUCUCUCAGGAUGGUGGUAUGGUGCCCUGUUUGUAACAGCUGUUGUUGCUGUCAUGGUCCAGUUUUUUUUGCACUUCUUUCCUGGAUCCAACAAGAGAAACCCUGAAGCAAUAACUCAGGACCAGAAGUUGUCUUCUGCUACAUUAACAUCAUCCCCACAUUCUUCUACAGCAUCAAUGGAGACUAUCAAGGAACCAUCAACUCCAACCACACCAGAUUCUUUAUCACAGACAAACUCUUUUGUCUCAAGAUAUGUAACUGAUUUUGAUCAUGAACUGUGCCUUGGCAAGGGAGGCUUUGGCCUUGUGUUUCAAGCGAAGAAUAAAAUGGAUGAAUGCAAUUAUGCUGUCAAGAGGAUAAGUUUACCAAACUGUGAUGCAGCAAGGGAAAAAGUGAAACGGGAAGUGAAAGCCUUGGCAAAACUUGAACAUCCUAGCAUAGUGCGAUAUUACAACUCAUGGUUUGAAGAACCACCUGUUGGCUGGCAGGAUGAUUUUGAUGCACAAAUGUUGGCAGAAGGGGAAUUCAGUGAAUUGCCAUCAGAAGCACCUUCAAUUGGUUCAGGGAUUGCAAUGCAUGCAUUACCAAAUGAUGCCUUGUACUUGCAAAAUGGCAUAAGUGAAGAAAAGAAGGCUAGAAGAAGGAAGAAAACAAAUUCCUGCAGCCGAUCCAGGCAUUCAUCUUAUCACUCUAAUCCAGAUGAGGACAAUGGAAAAAUUAAUAAGGAGAUCAUUGAUAUCCAUCAGUUAGAGAAUGAAGCAUUUCUAGAUAGAAAUGAAAUCAGUGAUUCUUUUAGUAUAGAAUUUGCUUCAUCAAGUAACAAAGAACUGACAGUACCCAAAAAUGGAUUUUACCACAAUGCCUUGGAGGAAAGUUCAUCACAUGGCAUCAUCUUCAGACAUUCAGACUCUGGCUUGAGUCAAAACAAGGAUGUUAACAUAGGCAACAUUGGAUCAUUGUCAUCAUCUGAUAGCACACAGGAUUCCAUGUCCAAGGAAACAAGCUCCUCAGAAGAACUCUGGUUAACCUCUUCACAUCACUCCUUACUUUCCAGAGAGAAGCAUAACUGUCAGGAUGAGCAAUGCAAUGCUGAUAAGCUGUCAGCACCAUUGUACCUAUAUAUCCAGAUGCAGCUUUGUCAGCAAGAAAGCUUGAAAGACUGGCUCAAAGCUAAUCAUGAAAGGGACCACGGAUACUGCCUGAAUGUCUUUGAAGAGAUCCUAGGUGCUGUUGAGCACUUUCAUGGAAAAGGACUUAUGCACAGAGAUUUAAAGCCAUCUAAUAUCUUCUUUUCACUGGAUGGCUCAGUGAAAGUCGGUGAUUUUGGAUUAGUGACAGCCCACACAUCAGAAAACAACCUGGACACACCCAUUAAAGAUUCUCUAAUGGAUGACACAAAUCAUACAAGCCAAGUUGGCACACAGUUGUAUAUGAGCCCAGAACAGAUGGAGGGAAAGGCAUAUUCCCACAAGGUAGACAUCUUUUCCCUUGGACUCAUAUUUUUUGAGUUGUUUUGUCCAUUUGGUACUCAAAUGGAAAGAAUAAAGGUUAUGUGUGGUGUUAAACAGAGGGUGAUCCCAGGUGACUUUAAAAAAAAGAUGCCACUACAGUCAGAAUUGGUGCAGUGGUUGUUAUCUGCAACACCGAAAGCAAGACCAAAUGCUACAGAAGUCAAGAACAGUAGUAUUCUGAGGAGGAUAAGACAACAGGUUUCAGAAAGCCCCAAUAGUUAACAAGAAAAAGGUUACAAUUCACUUUCAAUUUCAAAGGCUGUGCAAAAUUACUGGAUAUCAAUUUUCAUUAACAUGGGGAAACUAAGGGAGAUAAAUCCUGAGGGAAAAUAACUGUCAUUGGUCUUUGCACCAUUGUGACAUGUUCAUGCAGUGGAAUUAUGAAAAUUGUGCACAUUUUGUUUGAAUAUUUCCUUAUUUCUAAGUAAGUAGAAUCCCAUUUAAUUGGCAGUUCAUCCUAAAAUGAUGUAUUUUUUAAGGGAAAAUUUUUAUAUUUUGAAACAAAAAAUAUGUAUUGUUUAGACAGAAAUGUACAUAAGGCUUGUUAUUUAUUAGAAAUUAGAUAAACAGACAAAAAUCCUUGCAUUUUUUU